AUGGGCCCCUCACCUACCAAAGACGCACCCAGCACGAUGGAAGAGCUCAAGACGCUGCUCAAGGACGACAAUAAGGUCAAAGUAGCAGGCGUGGACAUUGACGGUGUCCUCCGAGGGAAGAUCAUGUCCAAGGACAAGUUCCUCUCGGCUGCCAAGUCGGACGGCUUUGGCUUCUGCUCCGUCAUUUUCGGCUGGGACAUCCACGACGUGACGUACUCCAAGGAGCUUAUGGUCUCCAAUCGAGCGAACGGGUAUCGCGACCUCCUAGCUUCUAUCGAUCUGUCGACAUUCAGGCGGUUACCGUGGGAGCGUAAUAUCCCAUUCUUCCUCUUGAGGUUUAUCACGCCCGAGACGGGCAAGCAUCUCGAGGUGGACCCCAGAGGGGUUCUGGCGGAUGUGGUACAGCGGGCAGAGGAGAGUGGGUGGAAGUGUAUGGCUGGGGCAGAGUUUGAGUACUUCCAAUUCAAGGAGACUCCGGACUCGGUCAAAGCCAAGGGCUUCACCAACCUCCAAGCGUUGACUCCAGGAAUGCACGGCUACUCGCUCCUCCGGCCCACACUCAACACCGACUACUUCCAUGACCUGUACGACCAGGCCGAGCAAUUCGGCAUCGAAGUGGAAGGGCACCAUACGGAGACUGGACCUGGUGUAUUCGAGUCUGCUUUGGCCUAUACCGACUGUUUACGGAUGGCAGAUAACGCCUGCCUGUUCAAGCUGCUCGCCAAAAGCGUAGGGAUGGGGUAUGGGAUCAUCCCGACAUUCAUGGCAAAGCCAUACACCGAUAUGCCAGGAUGUUCAGGACAUAUUCAUGUCUCUCUUCGUGACAAGAGCGGGCGGAAUAAAUUUGCGCUCAACAAGGAAGAUAAGGAUGGCGGAAAGGGGCGGGCGAGCGCAAAGUAUGAUGAUCUGAAGUAUAUCUCGCAAGAGGCUGAAUGGUUCUUGGGCGGCUUGUUGGAGGGAUUGCCUUCAGUGAUCCCUCUGAUGUGCCCGAAUAUCAACUCCUACAAGCGAUUAUUAGGCGGAGAGGCAAUGUGGGCCCCCGAUACCGCCUCGUACGGAUACGAGUCUCGCGCGGCCUCUAUCCGAUUGAUAGGGCCUCCCGGCGCCCCGGCAGAAGCAACCCGCUUCGAGGUCCGCGUACCAGGAGCCGACAUGAACCCCUACUAUGCCCUAUCGGCCAUCUUCGCCCUCGGCCUGCGCGGAAUAGCCAACAAGACCGCCGUAACGUACGGCCCAAUCGGCUCGGAGGGUGCCAAGCACGACGACCUCCCGCAAUUACCCACCAGCCUCGAUAUGGCCACCAAGGUGUUCAAGGCGUCUGGAAGUAUUGCGCGCGAGGUGCUGGGCGAUUACUUUGUGGAUCAUGUGGCGGGUGCAAAGGAACAUGAGCUGGAUGUCCACCGGAGGGCGGUGACGAACUGGGAAGUGGAGCGAUAUCUUGAGUUGGUUUAG